AUGCGCGACCGACAUCGCUUGAUCCGGGCCAUCCUGGACCGGCCCCGCCACCUUUCUGCGGCCCGGCCACCUACCAGCGGCCCCGCCACCUACCCGCGGCCCCGCCACCUUCCUGUGCUGGCCCCGCCACCUACCUGCGGCCCCGCCACCUACCAGCGGCCCCGCCAUCUACCUGCGGCCCCGCCACCUACUAGCGGCCCCGCCACCUACCUGCGGCCCCGCUGCCUCCUCUCAGUGGCCUCGCCGCCUCCUCCCAGCGGCCCCGGACGCCGCCCUCUCAGCGGCCCCGCCGCGCCGCCAAGCAGCCGAGCCGCCCAGCCGCCGAGCCGCCCAGCAGCCGAGUCGCCCAGAAGCCGAGCCGCCGAGCCGCCCAGCAGCCGAGCCGCCGAGCCGCCCAGCAGCCGAGCCGCCGAGCCGCCCAGCAGCCGAGCCGCCGAGCCGCCCUGCAGCCGAGCCGCCGAGCCGCCCAGCAGCCGAGCCGCCGAGCCGCCCUGCAGCCGAGCCACCCAAGCCGCCCUUGUCCUCGCUUUUGACGCUGAGGGUCGGGCCAUUGACUUUGACAUCUGGAUAGAUGACCUGCAGCUUUUCUUACAGUGCGACAGAGCAGACGGCCUCUCCCUCUUUGACCUCACUUCUGGUGCCUCCCCUGCCCCCGCUGCUGAUGCUGACGCCACUGUUCGCUCACAGUGGGCCACGCGCGAUGCCGCUGCACGUCUUGCUGUGCGUCGCCACCUGCCUACCUCUGAGCGUGCGCACUUUAGCCAGUACAAGAGUGCUCACACCUUGUACGACGCUGUAGUUGCGCGCUACUCCUCCCCUGCCACUGCUCCACUGAGCCGCCUCAUGCUACCGGACCACUUCCUCUCAGUUUGCCCCACCACUCUCACCGUUGACCUCCUCGAGAAGUCCCUCCUAGUUGCAGAGAAGAGCAUAGUCGCUGUAGGAGCCUCUCGUGGUGACCCUCGCACCCCCAUCUUUGAGGGGUGUUCCCCCUCCCCCCUUUUGCCCUCUGUUGCCUCUGCUGCUGCGGCCGACCUCGUUGGGCUUGAGUCGGUCGGUGCGGCGUCUACCCCUAGCGGGAGACGCCGCCCUGGCAAGGGCAAGGGGGGCAGGGGCACUGGAGGAGCUAGCGGGGGCGGUGGAGGCGGCGGUGGAGGCAGUGGAGGGGGUGGGGGUGGCGGUGGGGGUGGUGGUGGGGGUGGAGGUGCCGGUGGCGGCGGUGGAGGCGGAGGCGGCGGCGAUGGUGGCGGUGGGAGCGGAGGUAGCGGCGGUGGAGGAGGCGGCGGCGGAGGAGGUGGAGCUGGUCGGGGUGGCGCUGCGCAGAGGGUCGGCUCUGGUGGUGGUCAGCGCCAGCAGCAGCAGCAGCAGCAGCAGCGCACUCGUGACAUCCCCCCCCCUCAGCAGCUCCGUGAGUGGUAG